GCAGGAUUUAGCACGGGGUAAAUUUGGGUGGUGUGCGUUAACACUUUUAACCUUGAAUGAGGUGCUCCUAACCUGCUCCAACCCUCUUGGAAAAAAUAUUUACCCCGGAGGCUAAUUCAGUCCAGGCCACUCAUGUUACCGCCUCCUUCUGUAGCAAAGGAAAGAGAGAGCAGAGGGACUCGUUGAGGAAUAUGGACCAAGACAGGAGGAGGGGGGGAAGGCUGAUUUUUGUUUAGAAGGCGGAGACCCGCGGCAGCAUUAAGCUUUGGGACGACAGGAUUGGGGUUUCUGUGACCAUGCACUUCCACAGCAUUGGUCAGCGACAACACCAAGGUUUGACAUAAAAGAACACAAGUUGGAGAAGAGGAAGUUGGAUGAGAUCAAGGGCUGAGGGAGGGGUUAAAGCCGAGGGACAAGCAGAACAUGAUCGCACAUGGAUAAUACCCGUCAGGAGGUGUGUUAGCCCUGAAACUCGAGCGCCGGUGGCAAAAGAGGACGGAGGCAAAGAGGCCGGGAGCAUGAGUUCGGGCUUCUCCUUCAUGAUUACGCUCCUCUGCGUGGGGAGCCUGCUGUCCACCCUCACCUGGUUCAUGGUUGACGAUGACAGCACGGUGACGUCUUACAAACCACCCCCACAAAAGAAAGAUUCCCCAAAUCCUUCUUCACUUUGUAAAGGCUGCAAGGAACUGAUUGACAACGUCCUGAAGCGCCACAGUAAAACCUGGAAAAAGAACGAGAAGAAUUACCAAAAAUUUAUCUCCGAGGUGAGCAGCUCGUGCCGUGUCGACAAGGCCAUCAUCACGCAGGAUAACACCCCCGUGGGUACGAAGAUUUCCUAUGAUGGGGAAAAGUCCAGGAUGCUCCAGAUCAAACCCAACAUUUUCAAAACAUUUAUAAAGGAGCAUCCGUUCUCCAACCAGACGUUUGACACGUGCGCCGUGGUCGGCAACGGCGGCAUCCUGAUGGACAGCGGCUGCGGGAAAAUGAUCGACUCGGCUCAGUUUGUGAUGAGGUGCAAUCUGCCGCCUUUGAACGACGAGUACGGGAAAGACGUGGGCGCCAAGACGGACCUUGUGACGGCCAACCCGAGCAUCCUCAAAGAAAAGUACGGCUCCCUGAUGAACAAUCGGCGCGAGUUUGCGGAAAGUCUUAUGAGCUACGGAACGUCCUUCAUCCUCCUACCCGCCUUCUCCUACGGCGCCAACACACCGCUCUCCCUGCGGGUGGCCUACACCGUUGAGGACUUUGCCAGCCCGGCACGUCCCAUCUUCUUCAACCCGGACUACCUGCGUAACCUGUCCCAAUUCUGGGCAGGACACGGCCUGAAAUCGCGACGCCUUAGCACGGGCAUCAUGAUGGCCAGCAUGGCGCUGGGGGCGUGCUCCAACGUGCACCUGUACGGCUUCUGGCCAUUCGCCAACCACCCGCACAGACUCUACGCGCUCACCAAUCACUACUACGACGACAGGAAGGCCGACACCAAGUUCCACGCCAUGCCGGAAGAGUUUGACAUGCUGCUGAAGCUGCACAGUCAGGGCGUGCUGAGGCUUCACCUGGGAGACUGCCAAAGCGACCACAAUUAGUCUGACUACUAAAGAUUUUUUUAAUUAUUUAUUAUCCAGCUGGGAGUCUGAAGCUUUGAAACCAGAGGACCUUGUGAGGCCUUAGGGAGGUUUUAUCUGUUAUCAAGAAAGUGAAUCUAACUUAAUAAUCAGAAUGUUUGCUAUAAUUGUUUACAUGCGACACAGACACCAGCAAAAAUUUGUCAUGAGACUGGUGAUGGUUUUGGAAGACAUUGUGCGCUCUUGUUCUCCCCACACAUCACUGCCAUUGUGGCGGCUUUGCACCUUACGACUAGGUUCACACUGCAGACAGAUUUGUAUUCGUCAAAUCCAAUAUUUUUAUAAGAGACGUCCGAUGAUAUUGGACUGCCGAUAUUAUCGGCCAAAUGUUUUAAAAUGUAAUAUUGGAAAAUUAUCGGAAUCUGUUUCAAAAGGUAAAAUUUAUGACUUUUUAAAAUGCCGCUGUACGGAGUGGUACACGGACGUAGGGAGAAGUACAGAGCAGUUGCGUCUCCCAGUCAUACUUGCAAACCCUCACGAUUUUCCCGGGAGACUCCCGAAUUUCAAUGCCCCUCCCGAAAAUCUCCCGGAGCAACCAUUCUCCCGAAUUUCUCCCGAUUUCUACCCAGAGAACAAUAUUGGGGGCGUGCCUUAAAGGCACUGCCUUUGCGUGCCGGCCCGGUCACGUAAUAUCUACAGCUUUUCACACACACAAGUGAAUGCAAGGCAUACUUGGUCAACAGCCAUGAAGGUCACACUGAGGGUGGCCGUAUAAACAACUUUCACACUGUCACAAAUAUGCGCCACACUGUGAAUCCACACCAAACAAGAAUGACAAACACAUUUUGGGAGAACAUCCACACCGUAACACAACAUAAACACAACAGAAGAAAUACCCAGAAACCGUUGACGCACUAACUCUUCCGGGAUGCUACAAUAUAUACCCCCCGCACCUCAACCCCACCCACCUCAACCUCCUCUUGCUCUCUCAGGGAGAGCAAGUCCCAAAUUCCAAGCUGUUGUUUUGAGGCAUGUUAAAAAAAAUUAUGCACUUUGUGACUUCAAUAAUAAAUAUGGCAGUGCCAUGUUGGCAUUUUUUCCCAUAAA